AGACUGAUGAAGUUCUAUGAAAAAAAAAAACAAUAAAUACUACUGAAAAAACAAUAGUAACUUUGGUUUUUGCUUAGUAUUUUGUUUACUUAGAAACCAAUAAAAAAUGCUACAACCGGAAAUAAAGCCGAUGCCUCUAAAACUAUACAACGCAAUUAUUGAGGAUUUUAAUAAAAUCAAUAUGUUUAACCGCAAAGCCGAAAACGAGCUUCGAAAAAAGUAUAAAGAGCUACCAUCACCUACGAUUGGGAGUAUUAUUUCACUGUUAGUCCAGAGAUCUAUGAAGCAAAGCUAUAGGAAGUCGCCGGUGAUAUCUAGCAAAUAUUACGAAUUAUAUGAAGAAUUGAUGCGCGACAAAAAUAAAGCAGAUGUUAUAUUAAAACUAGCCGAGAGCCAGGGUAUAAGUCCAGCAUUGCUUGUGAGAUCUCUACUACAAAAUAUAUACUCUGAUACCAAGGCCAAGAAAUACAUAAAGGAUACAACUCUUAUUGAGAAUAAAGAUCUGUCAUAUCAAACUUUUCUGGGUAUCAUGAAUGACAAUCAAUAUGGACAUUAUGCUGAUGUAAUAAAACAAUCUAUUGGCCUAGAAUAUGAGUUAAGAUUGGAAAGGAAGUUAAGAUUAAUGAAUAUAACAUUUUCUGAUGAGAACAAUCUUAGAUCUCGUGGAUAUGAUAAAACACCAGAUUUCAAAUUAGAUGUCCCUAUAGCUGUAGAUGGCUUCAUAGUUAAUUGGAUAGAAAGUAAAGCAAUGUUUGGUGAUGAAGAAAACCAUUCUGGUUAUGUUAAGGAUCAAUUAACAUGCUAUUGGAAUAGAUUUGGACCGGGCUUAGUUAUAUAUUGGUUUGGCUAUCUAGAAACCUUGGACUCUACCCCUGAAGUAAACAAUAUGUUUAUUCUACGAACACAUUUUCCACCUAAUGAUAGCAUUACUCAAUACAAAGCAGAAUUACUAUGAAUUUAUAUGCUAUAUAUGUUGUAAGCUAUUUUAUGUUUUGUUGUGUGUAUAAGUUCUUAUUGAUUAUAAGUA